AAAUCAUUUUGUGGAAAUUCAGUCCAGUAAUCCCAGUAAACCCAGGCGGAAGUUUGUCUUUCCUGGGCAGGAAAUUGUCAGCAGUGUUAUUGUUGCUAGUGGGGACUGUUGUGUUGUGAAAAUGGCGACGCCUCGUCGCUCCUCUCAGCAGCAGCAGCCAAACUCCCUGCUGUCCUCCCCGCCCCGCGGCUCCUCUCUGCCCGUCACCCCGCCCGGCUCUCCGCCGGCACCCAACGACGAUGCCGCCCCGCUUUCCCGCGGAGCCGGGAUGGACAGCGCGGCUGACGGUGAGGCAACCCCUGCCUCCCCCAGCAGCACCUCCCCAGCUCUGGCCCUCACCGCCAGCAGCAGCAGCAGCAGCAGCACUAGCAGCAGCGCUAGCUCCCCGACCACCACCGAGGGCAGCGGGACCAGCCCCGGCUCUACGCCCGACUCAGGCAGCGGUGACGCGGGCAGCAGCAGCGGCAGCAGUGGGGGUGGUGGUGGUUCAAACGGGGCGUUCAGGGAGCUGUUUGAAGCCUGUCGAAACGGGGAUGUUUCCAGGGUGAAGAAGCUAGUGGAUGCGGUGAAUGUGAACGCCAAAGACAUGGCAGGACGCAAAUCGACACCCUUGCAUUUCGCUGCAGGUUUUGGGCGAAAAGACGUGGUGGACCACCUGCUUCAGACAGGCGCUAACGUGCACGCACGGGAUGAUGGGGGUCUGAUCCCGCUUCACAACGCCUGCUCAUUUGGUCACUCAGAGGUGGUGUCCCUGUUGCUGUGUCAGGGGGCCGACCCUAACGCUCGAGACAAAUGGAACUACACACCACUGCAUGAAGCUGCCAUUAAAGGCAAGAUAGACGUCUGUAUAGUGUUACUGCAGCAUGGAGCCGACCCCAACAUCCGCAACACCGACGGCAAGUCCGCCCUGGACCUGGCUGAACCCUCCGCCAAGGCCGUGCUCACAGGUGAAUACAAGAAGGAUGAGCUGUUGGAGGCGGCGAGGAGCGGAAACGAGGAGAAGCUAAUGGCCUUGCUCACUCCGCUCAACGUCAACUGCCACGCAAGCGACGGCCGCAAGUCCACUCCACUCCACCUGGCUGCAGGAUACAACAGGGUGAGGAUAGUUCAGCUGUUACUACAACAUGGAGCAGAUGUUCAUGCCAAGGACAAAGGUGGUCUGGUGCCUCUACAUAAUGCCUGCUCCUAUGGACACUAUGAGGUUACUGAGCUGCUGCUAAAGCACGGAGCGUGUGUGAAUGCCAUGGAUCUGUGGCAGUUCACCCCACUCCAUGAGGCAGCGUCUAAAAACAGAGUGGAGGUCUGCUCCCUGCUGCUGAGCCACGGGGCCGACCCGACCCUGCUUAACUGCCACAGCAAGAGCUCCGUGGACAUGGCGCCCACUCCCGAGCUGAAGGAGAGGCUUACAUAUGAGUUCAAGGGCCACUCGCUGCUUCAAGCCGCUCGCGAAGCUGACAUGGCCAAGGCUAAGAAGACCUUGGCGCUUGAGAUCAUCAACUUCAAACACCCGCACACACAUGAGACUGCGCUGCAUUGUGCAGUUGCAUCGCCGCACCCCAAGAGGAAACAGGUGACGGAGCUGCUGUUGAGGAAAGGCGCCAACGUAAAUGAGAAGAAUAAAGAUUUCAUGACUCCUCUCCAUGUGGCGGCAGAACGUGCUCAUAAUGACAUCAUGGAGGUGCUACAGAAACACGGUGCCAAGGUGAACGCCCUGGACACGCUGGGUCAGACGGCAUUGCACCGCGCGGCUAUGGCAGGCCACCUACAGACCUGCAGGCUGUUGCUAGGAUACGGGGCAGACGCCUCGCUGGUGUCACUGCAGGGCUUCACUGCUGCUCAAAUGGGAAAUGAAGCUGUUCAGCAAAUACUCAACGAGAACGUCCCGGUGAGAAACUCAGAUGUGGACUACAGACUUCUGGAAGCUGCUAAAGCCGGAGACCUGGAUACAGUCAAGUCACUGUGUACGGCUCAGAAUGUGAAUUGCAGAGAUCUGGAGGGGAGACACUCCACCCCCCUUCACUUUGCAGCCGGCUACAACAGAGUGUCAGUGGUGGAGUACCUGCUGCACCACGGGGCUGACGUGCACGCCAAGGACAAAGGUGGUCUGGUUCCCCUCCAUAACGCCUGUUCGUACGGUCACUACGAGGUGGCUGAGCUGCUGGUCAGACACGGAGCCUCAGUCAACGUGGCUGACUUGUGGAAGUUCACACCGCUCCAUGAAGCAGCUGCCAAGGGCAAAUAUGAGAUCUGCAAGCUGCUGCUCAAGCAUGGAGCGGACCCCACCAAGAAGAACCGAGAUGGGAACACACCUCUGGACUUAGUGAAGGACGGGGACACCGACAUCCAGGACCUGCUGAGAGGAGACGCUGCGCUGCUCGAUGCCGCUAAGAAAGGCUGCCUGGCUCGGGUGCAGAAAUUAUGUAGCCCCGACAACAUAAACUGUCGGGAUACGCAGGGACGCAACUCAACACCUCUGCACCUCGCAGCCGGCUAUAACAACUUGGAGGUCGCAGAGUAUCUUUUGGAACAUGGAGCUGAUGUGAACGCACAGGACAAAGGAGGGCUGAUACCAUUACACAAUGCUGCUUCAUAUGGGCACGUGGACAUAGCCGCCCUCCUGAUCAAGUACAACACGUGCGUCAACGCCACGGACAAGUGGGCGUUCACGCCCCUCCACGAAGCGGCCCAGAAGGGGCGGACUCAGCUCUGCGCUCUGCUGUUGGCCCAUGGAGCCGAUCCCACCAUGAAGAACCAGGAGGGACAGACGCCGCUGGACUUGGCAACGGCCGAUGACAUCAGAGCAUUGCUGAUUGAUGCCAUGCCACCAGAUGCCCUGCCAAGCUGUUUGAAACCCCAGGCCACUGUGGUAAGUGCAAGUGUGGUGAGUACAGGUGCAGCAGGGGGCGUGGUCAUCUCUCCCUCUCCAUCCCCGUCCUGCCUGUCUGCGGCCAGCAGCAUAGACAACCUGACCACGCCCCUCAGUGAUAUCACUGUGGGCGGGGCCACUGGACCAGCAGAUGGAGCGUCUGGGUCUGAUCGGAAGGAAGGAGAAAGUACGUGCACUCUGCUCGACAUGACCAUCAACCAGUUCUUGAAGAGUCUGGGGUUGGAACACCUCCGAGACAUCUUCCAGCGGGAACAGAUUUCUCUGGAUGUGCUGGCAGACAUGGGUCACGAGGAGCUGAAAGAGAUCGGCAUCAACGCUUACGGUCACAGACACAAACUCAUCAAGGGCAUCGAGAGGCUGCUGGGAGGCCAGCAAGGUGCAAACCCAUACCUGACGUUCCACUGCUCCAGCCAGGGCACCGUGCUGAUUGACCUGGUGCCAGACGACAAGGAGUUCCAGUCUGUGGAGGAGGAGCUACAGAGCACUAUCCGAGAACACCGCGAUGGAGGCAACGCAGGUGGAGUGUUCAGCCGGUACAACAUCAUAAAGAUUCAGAAGGUGGUGAAUAAGAAGCUACGGGAGAGAUACGCACACAGACAAAAGGAAAUAGCAGACGAGAAUCACAACCAUCACAACGAGCGAAUGCUUUUUCACGGUUCUCCCUUCAUCAACGCCAUCAUCCACAAGGGCUUUGACGAGCGACAUGCCUACAUCGGCGGCAUGUUCGGCGCCGGGAUCUAUUUCGCCGAGAACUCAUCUAAAAGCAACCAGUAUGUUUAUGGGAUUGGUGGAGGCACAGGAUGUCCCACCCACAAAGACCGCUCCUGCUACGUGUGCCACAGGCAGAUGCUGUUCUGCAGAGUGACGCUGGGUAAGUCGUUUCUUCAGUUUAGUGCAAUGAAAAUGGCCCACGCCCCCCCGGGACACCACUCGGUUAUAGGACGACCCAGUGUCAACGGACUGGCGUAUGCAGAGUAUGUCAUCUACAGAGGGGAGCAGGCUUACCCAGAAUACUUGAUCACCUACCAGAUUGUGAAGCCGGAGAGUCUGGCCACGCCUGCUGCCCCCUCCGAGCAGAAGUCCUAAAAUGCAAUCACAGCUGGUGCCGCAGAAGGCCAGACCGCAACGGACUAGAGUCACUCUGUAAGAGGACUGCAACUGAACUAGAGGGUGUUUCAAACCUCAGCCCAAAAUUAAAGUCUCCAGAGUUGAACUUGAGGUGGGCAAGGUGACGUUUCGACCAGGCAGUAGUCAGACAACCCUCGGAAAACAGGCCUGGAUGUGUCUAAAAGGAGAAGAGGAGGAGGAGGAUGAGUCUCGGGGUGUGAUACAUGCUCGGUCCAAAGCAGCGGGCAGCAAAAUCUAUCAGCUUCUUUAAUUAAUUGGGUCUAAUUUUGCAGGAGGAAAUGCAAUGGGUUUGAUCAACAUUUUCUGGAAGUGUACCAGUAAGCUGUUUUUUAAAUUUGCAGGCCUUUGGCUUUAUCCUGAAAACAAUUAAGGAAGCAAUUACAACAGGACAUGGUCCAAAGCAAAACAAACAUCCCUGAUUUUGCACCUUUGCGCGCUGCUCAUGUAAUCUACCCCCGGUUUUUAAUGUGUUGUUUUGAUAUUGUGUCCUCUUUUGGCUUUGUGCAUCAUCCGCAGCAACAAAACAACACCCCGAGGCCACUUCCAGAAACAGCGAUUGUCGUGCUGAGAGAAGAGAAAUCCAGUUCAUUUUAUGUUACAGCUCGCCACGUUUUCACCAGUGAGGCUCAUGUAAACAGGACACACAUCCCUCUGUGUUCUCUCACAUCUCGUCUGCUGUAAACAAAGACAAAAUUAUGAAACAAGUGUGAGCAGGGAGAAGUAGAAGAGAUUACAGCGGACAAAUACCCAGAAGUCAAUAAGCAGAAAAAACAAACAGGAGACCACAAUGCACUGCUGCUGAAGUGCCGGCUGCAGACUUUCCACUGCAAUCCAUACUGGGACCAUCUUCUACACCUGCCAGUCAGACCAGACAGUUCAUGUCAGAAGCCAGCAAAAUGUCAAAUCCAUAAAACUCGCUUUCUGGUUUACAUGGCCAGAAAAUCUGAAUGUUGGGCAGAGCUGAGUUGUGACAAGCAAGCAGCAACCUGAGACGGCUUUCUAACAGGGUAACAUGCCCUUAACUCACCAAAUUGGACAUUCUCAAGAACAAUUACAACUGACUUUGUAUUAUUGAGAAAAUUUACUUUCCCAAAUGAUCAUCCUCGUUUUGUAGUCAGUAUCUGGUGGUCAUAUUAUGAACUACAUCUACAUGGUGGUUGCUGCUUGUUUUAACCCAGCUCGGGACGACUACAAGACACCAGACUGUCACACACUUGUAUUCCAGUUCACUCAAAGCUGCACUUGGCAACUCAGACUACUACAAACACAGAUCAGAGAGUCUGAACUUCAGUACUGAGAAAUCUUGUCAGGUGAUGUCACUAAACCACACACAGCAAGCUUACUGGGCCUCAUUCACCACUCUUUAAUUUUUACUUAAAUUUGCUCUUAAGAAAAGUUGACAUCAGAUUGAUUGCAUGUUCUUAAACCACAAAAUUGUGCGCACUUGUGUUUUUAUAAGGAUGAAUCCCCUUGUUCUUGUACACCAGACAUGCGUGCCAGUUGACCCUGAUUAGCAGGUAAAUGUCCUGCCAAUCCACAUUUAAAGGGCAUGACCCUGCAGGGCCGUGUGCACACUAAGGGUGGGAAUCACUAGAGGCACCACGAUACGAUAUCAUCACGAUGCAGAAGUACGAUACAAGAUUAUUGCGAUUUUAAACGUGUUAUGAUAUGCUGAGUAUUGCGAUAUAUUAUCUUUUUUCAGUGGCAAAUUAUGUCCUCAAAAAGGACUUUGUUGUCAUCAACAGUUUUAUCAAAUAAAAUUAAGUGUAAAUUUUAUUUGAUAAGUGUAAAAUUAGUCUUUUCAUCUCACUUAAGUCAUUUUAUUGCAGCAAAAUGUAUCUAGCGGACUGAGUUAGCUGCCAAAAAAAUUGUUUUUUUUUUUGUAAUAAUAAUAAUAUAUAUAAUAAAAAAAUAUUGAUAAAUGGUGUCUGUGUAAUGAUACCAUAUUGCCACACAAAAAUAUCGCAAUAAUAUGCUGUAUCGAUAUCUUCUCCCACCCCUGGUGCACACACAGAAACUGAAAAGUUUGGUGAAGUUAAGAGUGUCUGAAUGAAAGUCUAAAGAGGGUGGAGCACUGGACUCCACACGUCAAAAAUAAAAUGUAGAGGUUCCUCUGCAGGAAGUGAACGCCAAACAAGUCAUAUAGCGUCAGAAGUGCAUAUAAAAACAGAAAGCAUCACAAAGUGCUUCAUACAAUAAAAAUAAUAGACCAUUAAGAGCUUUAUAAACCAAUAAAAGGAUCUUAAAAUCAAUUCCGAAGCACACAGGAAGCUAAUGCAGAGACGUUAAAUUUGGUGUAAUGUGUGCUCUCUUUCCUCAUCAGCACACGUGUAGCUGAGUUUUGUAGUAACUGUAACUGAGCAAUGUCUUUCUUAGGAAGACCAGAAAGAAGAGCAUUACAGUAGUCAAUUCUGCAGGUGAUGAAAGCAUGCAUUAGUGUCUCUGUAUUGGCUUGAGAGAGAAAUGGUCACACUCUGGCAAUGUUCUUAAGAUGAUAAAAUCCAGUUUUGGUUAUACUUCUAGUAUGUGGUUCAAAACUGAGAUUUGAAUCAAAGAUAAGUGUUAGAAUUUUUCACUUGUUGACAGGCUUGUAGUGCCAGUUCUUGUGUUGAGUUUCUCUCUCUGAGCUUCAGGACCAAUAACUAAGACCUCGGUUUUGUCCUGGUUGAGAUGAAGAAAGUUUUCUGCCAUCCAGGGCUUGAUAACUAAAAUACACCCAAAAAAAAUUAAUGGGAUGCUAUUAUUCAUUCAGUGAAUGCUGUAUCCAGAGAACGGUGCACAACUGAUGAAGAAAAAACAACAACAAAAAAAAGGAUCCAUUACAAAUCUGAGGCCAAAAGAAUAAAUAGUGUAAUCAAUCACUAAAUACUGGAUGACUUGGUUCCAGUUCAAUGUUUUUAAUGUUUAAUGUUUAGUGUUUAUUUCUUAAGAUAUAAUAAAAGUGUUACUGUAAUUUAAAUUCUGCAUUAUUAUACAACUGUAGAAUUGAAAAAAAGCACUCACAUGUGUAAUUGUGCUCCUUAGUGUGUGUGAGAACAAUUCCAAAGUAAGAAAUAAAUCGGUAAAUGUCAAACUGCGUUUAAAGAAAGUACAUCUUGGUGAAUGAGGCCCUUUAUGUUUUCAAAGCCAGCCAGUACCCCAAAAUAGGGAGCACUUGCUGUCUGCUGUGAUAAAGUUUUGUCACAUCACCUGGUUUGGUGUGAGAAGUGACUGUUCAUAACACAAGACGAAAUAUAUGGAAAAAAAGUUGAACUUUUCAGAGUUUUGAUUGGGGAAAAAAAGAAGUUAUUCUCAGUGUCAGUUGCAGCAUAACAUCUAUAUAACAUCUCAUUCUGCUACACAUGUGCCAGUCAUCAACACUUACAUCUGGGGCAUCUUUUUCUUCUGUGUUUUAAUGUCAGACCUUCGCAUAUUCUCCCUGAUGUUGUUGUUUACACGAACCUGCUGCCUUCUACCUUCUCUCCUCUCUACCUGCAACUGUUGAUGCCCCCUAGUGGUGCAACAGAGGCAUUGCUGGCCUGCAGUGUUAAGUUGAGAUUAAUUCCUACACAUUGCUAUUUAUUUGUGUUUUUCUGAGGCAUAUUCCAUUUGUGUUGUUUUCCUUACAUGUUUCCUCCGUCUUCUUAGGUCAUCUUUAUAUUCCUGAGUUUACACUCCUCAAACACUAUAAGCAAAUGUGAAAGGAGCCUUGUCACUGUAUGUUAGCGAGCCAUUCAGCAGGCUGGUCACAGGCUUCAUAAAGAUAUUUAUAUGACCGCAGAUGUGCAGGUUGACUGAGGUUUGAGGAUGAUGAAGAGGAUAACGGAUGUGUUAUGAAGAUGAUAUCAUGUUUCUGUUUGUAUUUACCGUUUAUAUUUACUAACAUGUAUGACAAACCUCAUAACAGCGAGAUUAACAAGCUCCGCACACUA